UAGGUCUUAACCCAACGGAAUGAAAUAAAUAAGGAGAAACUGUUCGAGAUUAGUAAGAGAGAAAAGAAGGUUACAUUGAAGAUGUGAGAUGAUUCUCGAAACCUCUGUGAAACAGUGAAACCUCUUCUUCUUGUGCCCUUUUGUUUUGAAUUUUCCUUCAUCUAUCCUUCCUCUCAAAAUCAUCCGAAUUCAGCCUUAAUCCGGCACCGUGGUCAAGUGACGGUAGGCCUUGGCAGAUUCAUUCCACUACAGUUCAGCUUCCCAAACACCUCAGGCUUUACAUUUUCUGCACCGAUUUUAUUUUAGAAUAAAUAGAUCCUUCAUUAAUAAUGGGUAUAGAGUUGUGUGAGCCACUUCACCCUUCCGCCUACAUUCUUUUAACAUCUCGCUCAUGAAUCAGUUCACUGAUGAAUAACGGAUCGCGUGGGUUUCUUACUUAAUGAUGUAAAGUGCAUAUCGGUUCAUUACCUAUACUUGUGUUUACAACACGAUCGUUUAGAUGUCGUCGAAAUUUAUUUUCUUAAUCUGGGCUAAAAUAAAUAGGAUGUGCGAUUGUUUUAACAUGAGCGCUGUAUCGAUAAUUUGUGUUCUAACACAGCAAAAUCUUUUUCGAAGACUUUAUCCAAAAUCUAGUCAAUUUUGCAUACUUGUUAUUGCUGUUUUGCACAGAAUAAUCCCGGCUUGCAUGAUUUCAAAUUGGAUAUUCGAAAAAUGCAUUCCCCUCACUACAUGGGUAACUCGACGAUGGGUUUAAACACAAGCGAGCACCUUCACUAUUGUAAAAACAUUGGCCGGAUUAACCCUUUUAUGGCUCCCGUCUUACGUCAAUUGGCUCUAAAUCCGUAUAAGGCGAGCUGAACAACAAAAGGUUUGCAUUUUUCGCGUGGCUUUCAUUGCGCGCCAAAGUUACUCGUAUUGUCGGCAAAUACCGGAAAGAAAAGAGCGUAGAGCGUAGCAUGCCGGGAUAGUUAUCCGGCAUGAUGUAAGUGGAUGGUUGUAUGGAAUGCUUCUCAGAUGAAUGAAACGUUGAAAUAGAGAACAUUGUGGCUGGAAGUUUGAGGCUUUGAAGAUUGUACACGUGGGAGACAGUGCGGAGAUCAUAUAUUGACUCGGCAAACUGAACAUUGGACCAGACGAGUUCUGACACGCGGCACGCAAGAACAUCUCCGACAAAAAUCCAAGUUCUCGAUGCUCAACGACGUGGUACUCAGGGGGCUGUUGGUGAUAAGUUUGCUGUGUUGUUUUCACAUGCAGUGUACUACCUGUGAUGAUAGGCAAGAUUUUCCGGAACGAUCUAGAAAAAAGGACAGACAAAUUGCCCGGUCAGAUGUUAUAAGCAUUUCAAUUGAAGAAGACAGUUCAAAUGAGGAACAACUCCUGAAGAAGAUGCUCUCCCAGAUGGGCUCAGCUCUAGAAAACAACAAAGAUACCACUCGAACUCGCCGGGCUAUCUUCGGCCAAGAUAACCGAGUUAGCGUUGACGCGUCCCUCGAGGCACAAACGUACCCUUACUCUACAGUGGUCAGCUUAUCCAGUGGCUGUACCGGGACGCUUAUCGGGGUCCAGCAUGUUCUAACUGCAGCGCACUGUGUUCACGACGGCAAGAAAUACCUAAAGGCUUCAAAGAACUUGAAAAUCGGUAUGCUUCAGCGCUCCGGAAAAUUCCACUGGAUCAAAGUAAGAAAGAUCUACUUUCCCAAGGCGUGGAAAAAGCAGUCAAAGCAGCAGCGAAUCAAGCACGACUAUGCCGUCUUAGAAUUACGUCGUCCUCACAGCCGGCCCACAAUGACGGUCGAACCGAGCGCACUUAUCAGGGGGUCCCCUAUGCGAUUUGUGGGCUUCCACGGCGAUAAGUGGUUCAACUCCAUGUGGAGAAGCCAAUGUAGAGUCGCUGUCGUCAUCAAAGGAGCGCUUCUCAGCUUCUGUGACGGUCAGAAGGGUAUUUCUGGUUCCGGUGUCUAUGUUCGGAGUGGGGUGCGGAAUGCUGUUGUGGGUGUGGUGUCUGCCAUAGGGAGGGGCCGUCUUCGUGGAAAACAGCACGUGUUUAAUGUCGCUAUUUCGAUUGACGCGCGAAAAGUGAGGAAUAUUAAGAAAUGGAUGCAACGGAUGUCCAGGCGACGCCACUGACGGACUACAGCACUCUUUAGUAUUACUCGUAUGAUCACCUAUAUCUCUUGUGUAUCACACAACACGUUGUUACGCCAGAGCAGUGAUUUCUCCUUGAUUACAAAUCUGCACACUAUUUUGUAUUUAUAUACUAUUGAUAAUAUCGACUUAUAUUAAGUUUGGAUGUAGUGAAUGUUUUAAUUCAUUUGAGAAUUGAUCCAGUCGUGGAGCUAGAAAGAGCUGCAUGCUCCAUGGUCAAAUGUACUUGAAAUUGUUAAGUAAUUUUUUAAUAAAACACCCUUAAAUCGUG